AUGUCUGACAGGCUCAAGGAACGCAAAAGAACCCCGGUUUCUCAUAAAGUGAUAGAAAAGAGAAGGAGGGACCGAAUUAACCGCUGCUUGAACGAGUUGGGCAAGACAGUCCCCAUGGCCCUGGCGAAACAGAGUUCUGGGAAACUGGAGAAGGCGGAGAUCCUGGAGAUGACAGUUCAGUACCUCAGAGCUCUGCAUUCCGCGGAUUUUCCCCGGGGAAGGGAAAAAGCAGAGCUUUUAGCAGAGUUUGCCAACUACUUCCACUACGGUUACCACGAGUGCAUGAAGAACCUGGUGCACUACCUCACCACUGUGGAGCGGAUGGAGACCAAAGAUACCAAGUACGCGCGCAUCCUCGCCUUCUUGCAAUCCAAAGCCUGCCUGGGUGCCGAGCCCCCCUUCCCGCCGCUCUCCCUCCCCGAGCCAGAUUUCUCCUAUCAGUUGCAUCCAGCCGGCCCAGAGUUCCCGGGCCACAGCCCGGGCGACGCCACCGUGUUCCCGCAGGGGGCUAGCCCAGGGUCAUUCCCUUGGCCUCCUGGAGCGGCCCGCAGCCCAGCACUGCCUUACUUGUCUAGCGCGACCGUACCUCUCCCCAGCCCGGCCCAGCAGCACAGCCCCUUCCUGGCGCAGAUGCAGGGCCUGGACCGGCAUUACCUCAAUCUGAUCAGCCAUGGCCACCCCAACGCCCUCAACCUGCACACUCCCCAGCACCCUCCGGUGCUCUGA